UUUUAACUUCUGGGCUUUGUUUGUUUUAGUUUGAAUUUCGAGUCUUUUUUGUUUUUGAACUUAAAUUUUGAGUCUUGGUGUUAGUGGGUUGUUUGGCUGCUGAGAAAAUCGUUAUUAAUGCUGUUUAACGAGUGCAGUUUUAUUUCUGUUGGUUAGUGAUUGGCAAGUUAGAUACUUGUUUGUUUUGAGAAUCUUCAUUAUUUUAUAUAGUAAGCAACUUUUUCAAUGGAUAGCCAUUAAAUGAUACUACUUUUAUUGAUUUUUGGCUUGUGAGAUCGUGGUGAUUGAAAUUUUGUUACUACUAGGUUUUGUACUUAUGUUAUCUACUUGUUAAUAUUUCUAAAAGCAUGUAGCUUAUGACUAUGAGUAGCAUCUUUUACAAAUCAUUAUAUUUUUAGGUAUUGUUUUUUAUGCUUUUGUAAUUUGAUUAUAUUUCUUUAUGUGUCCACGAUAACUCCUAGGAUGAUUGGUAAUUUUAAAAUGUUAAAAUAUUUAUUCUGUUGUAUUACAUUAGUUGUGUUGAAACUGGGUUAGAUUGAGAGUACAUGACAAAUCCUGUCUUACUUGAUUAAGAAUAGGGCUGAUAGGCUAUGUUUUGCUUGACAAAUCAGAUUGGUUUCUUCUGCAAUAAUUAUGACAUUCUGUAUUACAAAGCCUUAGGAUUGAUCUUCGGGAAAUUACUUAUGAGGUUCAUAAUUGGAAACUAUUUGCAGUAGAAGUGAUAGGAAGUAGUAGCUAAAAGAUAUUUUAAUGAAGCUAUUCCAGUGCAUUAGGCUUCUUGCUUUUACAAUGUUCGUGUGAGAGUUGUCUAUCUUAUGCUGCCUUUCCUGUCUAUUAAUAGAUGAGGCCAGAGGGUGAUUUUAGUAUAGAUAUAAUGUAGGACAUAAUAUUUGGUAUGUACUCAGAACACGCCCCUCACCCAUAUAGAAGUACAGUAGUAUAUCCUCCUUUCACGAGUUUACAAUUAAGUAUGAUAAGAAAGCUUGAAGGAAGAUGAUUGUACCAAUUUAUAUCCUCCUUUCAGUUCUAUGGGCUCCCUGAUUUCACUUGCUGUUCAUUUAAGGAACUUCAAUUCGAGCGUUCUUGGUUUAGUAAUGAUAGACUACAGGACUAGUGUUCGGACACGAAGCUUAACAUCAUUUAUAUGGAAAGAGCAAAAAUAAAACUUUCUCUCUUUACUUCUUAAUUGAUGUGGAGCUAUAUUAGAUGGCACCAUGGGGUUUGCGGAAGAGUGUGAGUAAGGUUUUUAGAUAUUUGCACUAGUGCACUCUAGUAUUCUGUGCAUUGUAUAGUGUAAAUGGUUGACAGGGCAUGGAAUAUAUUUUAUAUUUGCCAUCAUUAUUUUUCAGAAAUCUUUUCAUGUUUAUGUUAAAUUUGCAAAGAUCUUUUUUUUCUUCUUUAGUUAAUGUAUUAAUGUACUGUUGAAAUUUUCUUAUGUCACAAAACAAGUAUUUUUAUUUCAUCAUUCUGUAUCCGGUACAUCAUAAUAUUUAAUCGAUUAGCAUAAUUCUUUAACAGUUUUGAGCUGUUUAUAUUGAGUUGAUGCUGCCUUAUAUUAAGAUAUAAUGAGAACUCUAUCUUGAAUCGAGAUGUCAAUUAUGCAUGCUUAGAUAUUGAAUUAGUAACAUGUUCAUUGAGCAUUUUGUGAAUCACAAAUUGAAUAAAAUCAGGGCACUGCUAUGGCAUUAAAAAUCUCGAUGGUUCUUGGUUGAGCUUUGAACUGAAGAUUAUUCCUGCAAAUAUGUAUUUCUUAUGGAAGUUUCAACUUCGCAAGAAAUUCAUCCUUGGUGGAAGGUUGAUCUUUGGACCUGACGCUCGGUCUCUGAUUGUCACAUUAUUGUUGAUCAUUGUUCCAGUUGUAGUCUUUUGUGUAUUUGUUGCGAGAAAUCUUCUUCAUGAAUUUUCACCACACAAUGCAGGAUAUGCCAUUCUGGUGGUAGCUAUUGUCUUUAUGAUUUAUGUGUUGUUUCUUCUUUUUCUAACAUCAGCCCGGGACCCUGGUAUUAUUCCACGUAAUGCACAUCCACCAGAGGAAGACUUCCGCUAUGACUCUUCAAUGUCAGUUGAGGGACGACAAACACCAAGCCUUCAGUUCCCUCGGACAAAGGAAAUAAUGGUUAAUGGCAUUCCUGUUCGAGUUAAAUAUUGUGAUACAUGCAUGCUUUAUCGACCUCCCCGUUGCUCCCAUUGUUCCAUUUGUAACAAUUGUGUGGAACGAUUUGAUCAUCAUUGCCCCUGGGUGGGCCAGUGCAUUGGAUUGCGCAACUACCGUUACUUCUUUAUGUUCGUUUCUUCAUCAACUCUUCUUUGCAUCUACGUGUUUUCCAUGUCAGCUUUGUAUAUUAAAAUUUUGAUGGAUGAUUAUCAAAGCACAGUUUGGAAGGCAAUGAAGGAAUCACCUGCAUCUGUGGUACUGAUGGCCUAUUGUUUUAUCGCCCUCUGGUUUGUUGGUGGACUUACUGGCUUCCAUUCGUAUCUCAUAGGCACAAACCAGACUACCUAUGAAAAUUUCCGGUACAGAGCUGACAACAGGAUCAAUGUCUACAACCUGGGCUGCGUUCAAAAUUUUUUAGAGGUAUUUUUCACGGAGGUUAAACCCUCAAAGAACAAUUUCCGGGCAUUUAUUCAAGAGGAGGUACCAAGACCCCCAUUGCCAACCACUCGAGAAGUAGAGCCUGAAGAUGUAGGCGGGGAGGAUCGACGUCCAAAGGUUGAGGAUGAUCUAGAGAUUGGUGAAGAUCUAUUGAAAAUUUCUCAACGUCGUAAUAUUGAAGAAAUUGAUGAGGAUAUACGCAGUAGAGGGAGUAACGGGCCAGCUCAUAAUAUCUCAGAAGUGGACUCGGUUCUGAGCUCAGAUCAUCGGGCUCCCACAAUUCGAUCUGAUACCCGACACUCCAGUUGGGGAAGAAGAAGUGGAAGCUGGGAAAUAGCGCCAGAGGUACUAACCAACUCUAAUGUUACUGAAAGCAGAAACUACAGCACGCCUAAGGAACCACGCCAAUGAUGAUGGCUUAUUUUGUUUAUUCUGGUGAUCAGACUGAAAUCGACCGGAAUGAUUGCGAAUUGUUGGUAUGUCUUCCUAGUUUUGAAGGAAGUUACUUUUGGUUAAACGCUUACAAUUAGUUAUCCGAUGGGAGCGAAAAUAGGUUCCUGGUUUAGGUAUUCGAGGGCUUUAUGUUAUCUUUUUGGUGAGUGUUGCAGUGAAUAGGAAUGUGCUUGUAAUUGUUAGAGAAGAUAAGAGGAUGCUAGUUUCUUUUUUCUUUUUAUUUUUGGGUCCUCUAGAUUCUUAAAUGUCUAUUACAUUGGAUUGGAUCUGUAGUGCUGCCUUUAUUCUUUCUGUAAAUAAUUACUUAAACUCUCUUCCGUUUCAGUUGUUUUUAACCAGCAAUCUUUGCAAGGGCA